UAGGUGGGAUUGAAUUCAUAAUAUAUAUCUUCUAGCUAUAGAGGGGUCCAAAAAUAUGUGCAGCAGUGGAGAAAAGCCUUCCUCUCCGGGAGAAACAUAUACAUUUUCUUUAUCUCCUUUUCUUUUUCACCGUUUAACUUUGAUGAACAAAAAACAAAAUUUCUCUCCUCUCAUGAGAAACAUUAGCAUUAAGCAGGCUUAAUUUGAUCCUGAAAAUGGAAGGGAACAGCAUUGCAUUAAUUGCAUCUGCAAGGUUUUUGAAUAAUGGGAAAGGUAGGGGAGAAAGCGCUCGGCAAAGGUAAAUGGUGAAAAUCCCAACCAAGACAAGAUGCAUGUGCUGGCGAUGACCCACAAGUCAGUAGCAGUCUCGCAAGUUGCAUUUCAGAGACUAUUUCAAGUACGUUUGCCGGACUCUUUUCAGGCUUUCACUACCUUAACUAGAUAAAGGUUGUGAACAUCAAUAUGAAUUGUUUCAAAUCACCUGCAUGUCGUCUCUUCCUUUUCCAUCCAAUUUCAAAAACUAUAUAGAUAAAAAUAAAGAAGGAAUCUUAGACAUAUAUUAAUUGAUGAUCAUUAAGUUUAUCUAUAUAUAUCUCUGUGUAGGGACAUUGAUAUUUAUGGGGCUGACCUUCUAUGUAACUUAUUUUCUAAUAGUUAGAUACACUGAACUAAACCUCUGUCUCCCAAAAUAAUUAAAAAACAAUUAAUACCUCACUAAUUA